UGUGCUUGCGGUUCGGACAUGUCAGUUGGUCAUUUCUCUGGGCAUCGGGUAAAACAGUGACUUGUCCAGAGAGGAAAAGAGGAGUUUUUUCAGCUGUGGUGUAAAUGAAGCAUUAUUCUCAUCAAUAGUUUUCCAGCAAGACCAGAGCUGGACUGUAAACUGACACACCGGGCAUUUUCCUGGUGGGCCGACACACUUUGGGGCCGUUCAGGGGUGGACUGGCCAUCGAGCGGGACGGUGGGUCGGCCGCUAAACUGGCAAAAUGGGCCACGAUAAGUAUAACUUCAUAUACAGAACCACAAAACGAUGGCGCGAUAUGCAGAAAAGGACAACGAAAGGUGCUGUAAUAUGAGCCGCAUGAUGUGAUGUGGACUGCUGUAGCACUAUUGUCUGCUUCACUGCUCAUAAACACCAGCGCAAGUGCAACUGUGCCGCUCUUGAAGCGCUGAUCAAUCACGCAGAUUAUUAUAUGACCAGAGAAACAAGAAAAUGUACAAUCCACCCAGUUUGUAAUACAUGAAACAAACGUUACAUCACAAAUAUAACUAAUGUUUCAUUACUGACGAGUUCAUCAGUCUGCUGUAAAAGUCUCUUUCACUUCCUCCUCGUUAAAGUUCAAUGCUGGACAUCUUUGUUUACAUCAAGAAUCAACAUUUGUACAAGUGCAAACCUAAUUACUGAUAUCAAAGAGUUAAAAAUGUAAAUUUGCAUUAGUAGUAAUUACACUGCUGAUAACAACAAUUACCAUUUCAACUAGAGAAAAUGUACUUAUGGAUAUCUAUAAUUCAUUAUAUUAAAUGUCAAUAUGGCUUGCCAUACAGUACCCGUCGUCUGUAAUACAGUACCCGUCGUCUGUAAUACAGAACCCGUCGUCUGUAACACAGUACCCGUCGUCUGUAAUACAGUACCCGUCGUGUGUAAUACAGAACCCGUCGUCGUCUGUAAUACAGAACCCGUCGUGUGUAAUACAGUACCCGUCGUCUGUAAUACAGUACCCGUCGUCUGUAAUACAGUACCCGUCGUCUGUAAUACAGAACCUGUCGUCUGUAACACAGUACCCGUCGUCUGUAAUACAGAACCCGUCGUCUGUAACACAGUACCCGUCGUCUGUAAUACAGUACCCGUCGUGUGUAAUACAGAACCCGUCGUCGUCUGUAAUACAGAACCCGUCGUGUGUAAUGCAGAACCCGUCGUCGUCUGUAAUACAGAACCCGUCGUCUGUAACACAGUACCUGUCGUCUGUAAUACAGUACCCGUCGUGUGUAAUACAGAACCCGUCGUCGUCUGUAAUACAGAACCCGUCGUCUGUAACACAGUACCUGUCGUCUGUAAUACAGUACCCGUCGUCUGUAAUACAGUACCCGUCGUCUGUAAUACAGAACCUGUCGUCUGUAACACAGUACCCGUCGUCUGUAAUACAGAACCCGUCGUCUGUAACACAGUACCCGUCGUCUGUAAUACAGUACCUGUCGUCUGUAACACAGAACCUGUCGUCUGUAACACAGUACCAGUCGUCUGUAACACAGUACCUGUCGUCUGUAAUACAGUAUCUGUCGUCUGUAAUACAGUACCUGUCGUCUGUAACACAGUACCUGUCGUCUGUAAUACAGAACCCGUCGUCUGUAACACAGUACCCGUCGUCUGUAAUACAGUACCCGUCGUGUGUAAUACAGAACCCGUCGUCGUCUGUAAUACAGAACCCUUCGUGUGUAAUACAGUACCCGUCGUCUGUAACACAGUACCCGUCGUCUGUAACACAGUACCCGUCGUCUGUAAUACAGUACCGGUCGUCUGUAAGACAGUACCUGUCGUCUGUAACACAGUACCCGUCGUCUGUAAUACAGUACCCGUCGUCUGUAACACAGUACCUGUCGUCUGUAAGACAGUACCUGUCGUCUGUAAUACAGUACCCGUCGUCUGUAACACAGUACCCGUCGUCUGUAAUACAGUACCUGUCGUCUGUAAUACAGUACCCGUCGUCUGUAACACAGUACCCGUCGUCUGUAAUACAGUACCCGUCGUCUGUAACACAGUACCUGUCGUCUGUAAGACAGUACCUGUCGUCUGUAACACAGUACCUGUCGUCUGUAAUACAGUACCCGUCGUCUGUAAUACAGAACCCGUCGUGUGUAAUACAGUACCUGUCGUCUGUAAUACAGAACCCGUCGUCUGUAAUACAGUACCCGUCGUCUGUAAUACAGAAACCGUCGUCUGUAACACAGUACCUGUCGUCUGUAAUACAGUACCCGUCGUCUGUAAUACAGUACCUGUCGUCUGUAAUACAGAACCCGUCGUGUGUAAUACAGUACCUGUCGUCUGUAAUACAGAACCUGUCGUCUGUAAUACAGUACCCGUCGUCUGUAAUACAGUACCCGUCGUCUGUAAUACAGAACCCGUCGUGUGUAAUACAGUACCCAUCGUAG